AUGCGAUUACUUCUCAUAGAAUUAUGCGUUGCUGUCCUUUCCAAUGCUCUAUCGAGUCGAACAACAUUUGGACAGGAUUCACCACAAAUCGGAAGAUUUAUUACCAUGGAUCUUGACUCUCGAAUGACAUGCCUCUAUGAAACUCUGGAAAAAGACAUGAUUUUAAAAUUAAAUCUUAGUCCAGUGCUCCAAUCCCGGUUCCCAAUGGCGAUGCGUUUAACGUCACCUUCGGGUGAAUUCUCUGAAUGGGCGGAAGGAGAGGGAGAAGCGUACUUUAGACAGAAUGUCACCGAAGAUGGAGAUUAUGAAAUUUGCGUAAAUGCUCCACGUCCUGUACGUGUCGCUUUGAACAUUUUCUUCCACAAUCCGCAAAAAUUGGAAAAAGCCCUUGAUCGAUAUCUGAAAGCGCAUGAACUCAAGGGAAAUGUGCGGAAUGCCGUCACAUCAAUAACAGAACGUUUGUACAGUAUCUACUACUCGAUCAAAUUUUACAAUAAGAUCUCCGUGCGUGACGAAGCGAUGCAGGAAUCAAAUUCUGACUACAUUAGGGGUUAUGUGACACUUUUUUGUGUUAGCAAUAUUUUUGUCGCCAUAGCUCAAAUUGUUGUUGUUCGUGGAAUGUUUAGAGUGGAUACCACUCGAAUUCGUAUCUAA